CCUCCCUCUCAUCACAAUUCACAGCCCAUGGUAUCAUUGUCUGUUCGUAGUCUCACCUCCCAUCCCCUGCGGAGGGCCUUCGCAGCAGCGGCCGCUCAUUUUUCUCCCUCUCCCUCUCCCUCUCCCUGGGCCCUUGCCAUUAGGAAAGCCUCCACCUCCUCUCCUCUUAAAGCCCUCCUCCUCUACUCCUGCAUGCAUCGCCAAUCCCUCUCUUUUGAUUCCUUUUCCAUCCUCUUCGCUCUUAAAUCUUGCGCCCAUCUACCCAAUAACACCACCAUAAGCAUUGCCCGCCACCUCCACACUCACCUCCUCAAACUCGGUUUCUCUGCUCACGUUUACGUCGCCACUACUCUCCUCGCCGUAUACGCCUCCACAGCGUUCCGGGACGCCUGUAUCCUGUUCGACGAAAUUCCGGCUCCUAAUACUGUCACUUGGAACGUUAUGAUCACCGGAUAUUCGCGGCAAGGGGAUACUAAAGCCGCCCGUGGUGUUUUCGACAGCAUGCCCCAACGAGACAUGGCUUCGUGGACCGCAAUGAUCUCAGCUUAUGUGGACAGCCGACUCUGGGACCAUGGGUUAGCUCUUUUUCGGCAAGUGACAUUCACGAGUAUGAAUGGCAAUGGCAAGCGGCUGUAUCCCGACCAACUGAUGAUGGGAUCACUGCUAGGAGGCUGCGGGCGAAUGGGGUCGGUUGGGGUGGUGUUUGGAAAAUCCAUACACGGGUUUGUAAUUAAGAGCGAGUGGGAGUUGAAUGCGGAGCUUGGUGCAUGUUUAGUUGACAUGUACGCAAGAUGCGGGCUCCUGCGCGAUGCCUGCCUAAUUUUCAACAGGAUGAAAAGGGGGGGCAAGGGCGACAAUGUGGUGGUGGGGGUGGUGGCCACGACGUCGCUAAUUUGUGGGGCAGCAAAGCACGGGCAUGGGAGAGAGGCGCUGCAGAUCUUUGAGGAGGCGAUUGAAGCAGGAAUGAGGCCCAAUGAGCUGACAUUGACAGGAAUACUUACUGCCUGUGUGCAAGCAGGGCUGUUGGACGAAGGGCGCAGACAUUUUGGGAUGAUGUUCCAGCGCUGGGGGCUGAGGCCAAACAUUCAUCACUACGGGUGCAUGGUGGAUUUGUUUGGAAGAGCAGGGAUGCUGGGGGCAGCGUAUGAGCUCAUUAACACGAUGCCGCACCCAUACAAGCCCAAUGUGGUUAUAUGGGGCUCAUUCUUGUCAUCGUGCAAGGUGCACGGACAGCUUGAAUUGGCUGAGAAGGUGAUUGAUAGAGCGAUGGCAAUGGUGCGCCCGGAGAAUGACAGCGGGGUUUAUUCACUCAUCUGCGACGUGUAUGUGUUGCAGGGCAAGUGGGAUGAGGCAGAGAGGAUACGAAGGCUGAUGUUGGAGCAGAAGGUGUGGAAGGUCAGGGGAUCCAGUUUCAUCGGAGGAACGGGAAUAAUAUAUUAGAAUGGUUGAUUGGAUCGAUGUAGAGGAGAUCAGCCCAAUUUAAUCCAGCCCUACACUAUAUCUAACCCCGGGUAUAUAUAUACAUGGUACGUAUAUAUACAUACUUGUGUAUGUAUAAGAUAGUUAACCAAUAUUGUUGUGUUUCACCUCACGGUCACAAUCACAAAUUACAUAUAUACCAUCAUCCAAUAACAUACUACAUUUUCUUUUCGAAACAUAGGGAAGGGAUCUUCAUACUAUAAAAUUACCUAGUGUAAUAUGUACUAUCACAUAAUGGUGUCACAUACACCAUUGUGGAUGUGUAAGGUACAUUAAUUUUUAAAUGCUAACAAUGUCUUGUCCAGCCUAAU